AUGGCUAUGGCCGUCGACUCUCGCCAACAAUCGCAAUUCAACAUGGGCUACGAUCCCAUGCGAUAUCAGCCCUCGCCACACUUCACCAACCCGUGGGUGUCGGCGCCCGCUACCACUCAGGGCCACAUGUACGCGACCGCGAUGCCGGCGACAUCGGUCGCUGCAGACUCGCACCGCUAUGCCGCGCCGACCUCCAACGUUUCGGCCGCGUACACGGGUGCCCCCCUCCCGGCGCCCUCAAUGGCAACAGGUAUUGCAUCCAUGGACGCAGAUCUCUACGAGCGCCACGGCUUACAAACGUCGCAAGAUCCGUCGCGAUCGUACGGCAUGGGCUACACCAGUGCACCCGCUCCAUCAGCAAGCGCGUAUGCGCCCAUUGCUGCACCGCAGUACUCUUCGGCUCCCUACGGUUACCAGGCGGAUCGUCGCCCAUCACACCCGCUCGCCUCCGCAUCUGACGCAGAGCGCCAGAACUUCCACGACGCCCUCGAUGCCAGCAGAGGGAUGGUCGCUAUGGCCCACUCCGAGAUCACGCCACGAAACAUCUACGGCCACUCGAGCUCCAGCCGCAGCUCCAUGGACUCUUACGGUUUCCCCUCUGCGCAUUCGUCCGGCUCAUCAAUCUCUUCGGCCAGCACAUAUCCGUCCUACUACAACAGCUCCAUGAGCGAGGCCUCGGCCGGUGACUACAGCUCUGCCAGCGAGUCGAUUGACAUCCCCAACCCGCGAACACUACCUCGACCCAAUGGACUCGUCGGAGCCAACCUCCCGCCCGCGCCACAGUCCAUGAUGGGCCAGUUCAACUCGAAGGUGUCGUCGAGCUCGCAAAAGAAGCACAAGUGCAAGAUUUGUGACAAGCGCUUUACACGGCCCAGUUCGCUGCAGACGCAUAUGUAUAGUCAUACUGGAGAAAAGCCAUUUGCCUGUGAGGUCGAGGGCUGUGGACGCCACUUUUCCGUGGUUUCCAACCUCCGAAGGCAUCGCAAAGUGCAUAAAGGCGAAGGCGGAGAUCACCCGUCUCCCGACGACGACGAUGAGUAG